AUGUCCGAUCUAGAGUUUAUUAGAUCAGUACUCUAUUCAAAAAGUAUUGAUUCAAGCAAUGUAAAACCCUAUACUGGCCUUCACUUCAAUAAGGGUGGAGACUUGAUUUUAUCGACGCCAUCACUCGAAUCAUAUCGCGUUAAUAAGGAUCCAAUCUAUCGAUAUGAAGGCAUUAUAUCGGAUCAUCCUCCCAAAGAUGUAGAUCAUCGUAUCGUAUCGUACAAAGCCCUUGAAAAUCGUCGUUAUCAAUCGCUUCGCGUGAAACAACCGGUUCCACAUUACGUAACUCGUAUCUACGAGGAACGAUUUGGUGCUGUUAUUUCACCUCGUGUUGAACCAUCAAAAACCGUUCGCGCUGAUAAAGAACCUGGCUAUCAAAUAAUUGUUGAACCAGUUGCAAAUCAAGAUCAAACAAUGAUUUCACAACGUUUCAAUAAAUUAAGUCCAUUUGUUACUGAAACUGGAAAUAAUCCCAUUCCCAAUCAUCUUCUUUCCGAAACAGCAGCUUAA